ACACAGUACAAAAAAUACAUCAAAAUGGUUUACAAAUUCGUUCUUCUUGCCGCUUUAGUCGUAGUAGCUUCAGCAGGUCUUCUUCCAGCAGCCCCACUAGCAGUUGCCAAAACCGUAGCCUACGCCCAACCCGAAGAGUAUGACCCCAACCCUCAGUACUCAUACGGCUACGACGUCCAGGACGGCCUUACCGGCGACGCCAAAUCUCAACACGAAUCAAGAAAUGGUGACGUAGUCCAAGGCAGCUACUCCUUGGUGGACCCUGAUGGUGUCAAAAGAACCGUCGAAUACACCGCCGAUCCGGUCAACGGAUUCAACGCCGUCGUACACAGAGAACCCCUUGCCGUUAAGACUGUAGCCGCCCCUGUUGCCUAUGCCGCCCCUGUUGGCAAAUUGGCCUACCAUUAAGUUUUGUUGUUUAAAAUAAAGUAGUUUUUUU